GUGGGAGAGCAAAACGCGAGGAACAAGGACAAGAGCCGCAACCCUUGCACGCAGAAGAAGAGGUCAUCAUCAUCGUCGUCACUAUCGCCAUUCACAUCUUCUCAUCGUCACGCGAGGACGACGCGGAGGGGGUCGCCACGCCGUUGCAAACGAACGACGACUCCGCCAACGAAUGACUCCAUCGCUACAUCGACCGCUUCGUUCAACGUUGCUCCCCGAUUCAUUCCUCGGGACGCGAGCUGCAUUGGGGAUGGAGACUCCGCCUCACCCAUAGCCGCAGCUGCUGCCACCGCUGCUGAUGCUGCAGCCGAUGCUGCUGCUGCUGAGGACGCAGGGCGCGCCCGGCGCUGCUCACGGCGAGUGAGUGAUGCACCCUGGGCCCCAGUGGACCGGGAGACGGAGGAGGAGGAGGCGGCGGCGGAUCGGUGGGGCCGUCCACGCAGCAUGAACCCCGCGGGGACCCCUCGCCGCCAAGUGACGCGGCCCCUGUCCCCCGCGAGACCCCGGGAGGCGGGGGCCGCCCCGCGAUCAGUGCUGACCCCGGGAACGGGGUCAUCCUCGGGCUCAUUGCUGCGCACCUCGCUCCGGGGUCAAGUUCUCUCCCGGGGUCACGCUGGGCCUGCCCGCGGGGGUCUUGGUGCUGCGUCAUCUGUCAAGGGCAGCGGUUCUGGAUUGUCAACCGCCGCCACCGCCACCACCGCAGCGAGCCACGCGAGUCGCGGUGGGACUCCCAUCCCAAGACGGGUUCCUCCCGUGGGCAGCGCGAGCAGCAAUGGGGGCAGCGGUGGAGGAGCAGCGACGAAGGCACCUUCGCGAGCUAAGGGCAGCAGCAGCAGGGCUCACACGGGCCGGGCGACUGCGGGCGGCCGCCACGAGUUGUGGGCAGCAGGGGCAGCGGGAAGGGCAGCGGCCGGGAAAGGAGGAGGAGGCGGCGGAGGCGCCGCAGAUAGUGGUUCCGAUGUUUCGGACUCACCCCCCUCCGAGCCACUCUCUGACGAACUGCGCCCCAACGCGGGCCCCGAGAGCGACGUGGAGUCACUGGGGGGGUCAAGCGAGCCAGAGACGGUGAGAGCCGCGGUCGAGAGCGGACCAGCAUCAACAGGGGCAGCUGCAGCAGGGGCAGCAGCAGGAGCAGCAGCAGCGGGCAGCACGAGGAGAGGCGGCGCGGAGGGAGCGGCGAUCGAUGGGGAUGCGGCAGCCUCAGCUGCGUCGUGUGGGAGAGGAGGGGCGGGGGUGAAGGUGGGGGGGCCUGUAGGAGCCGAGGUCGUCAAGGCGCCGUCUGGCAGAGAGACGGGGGCGAUGGCGUCGCCGGCGCGUCCGGGAAGCCCGGGCGCUCUGCAGGAGCUGAUGAGAGACCUCGACGAGAUGCGGUCCGAGAACGCGUACCUCAAGGACGAGCUGGAGGAGCUGCGCGCCGAGAUGGACGAGGUUCGCGACGGCUACCUGGAGGAGGAGGCGCGCCAGGUGCGCGACCUGCGGCGCGAGUUGGAGCGCGCGCACAAGACGUGCCGCAUCCUGCAGUACCGCCUGCGCAAGGCCGAGCGCAAGGGCGCGCGCGCCGCGGGCGCGGGGCCCGGCGGGCAGCCCGAGGUGGACGUUCUCAUCAGCCUGGAGCAGGACCUCAAGGUGGCCAAGGACGUGUCUGUGCGCCUGCACCGCGAGCUCGAGAGCGUGGAGGAGAAGCGCGGCCGCGUGGAGGACGAGAACGAGGCCCUCCGCCAGAGCCUCCUCGAGCUGGAGAUCAGCAAACAGGCGCUCAGCAACGAGCUGGAGCGCACCAAGGAGAACUCUGCGAGGAAGCGGGGCAGUCGGGAGCUGCACAGAGUGGCCGAGAAGAAGGGCGCGGGACAGCAGGAGGACAGCGCCGAUCUGCGUUGCCAGCUCCAGUUCCUGCGCGAGGAAGCGGCGCUCAUGCGCAAGAAGAUGGUGCGAGUGGGGCGCGAGAAGGACCGCCUGGAGCACGACGUGGAGCGCUACAAGGCCACCUUCGGGGAGCUAGAAAGCCCCCCGCUGCCCCCGCUUCCCGCACCUCCGCCAGCGGCCCCCACCGCAACCACCGCCGCCUCCGGAUCCGCGGGGAGCCUCUCCCAAAGGGGGGGUCCGGCUGCGGGCGCCACGGCGCCUGGGGCGGCGAUGGGGGGAGCUCGGUCCGCGUCGACGGCGAUGACGACGAUGAAGACGACGCCGACGUCGUCGUCGGUGUUGAUAUCGGGGGCGACGUCCUCCUCGCUUCAGCAGGGGGGGCCAGGGGCCAGCCCGGGCCCCGGCGCGGGACCCCCGUGCGUGGAGGCGAGCGGGGUCCCGGGCUCGCGCGAGGCCGAGCUGAGGCUGAGGCUGCGGCUCGUGGAGGAGGAGGCCAACAUCCUGGGGCGCAAGAUCGUGGAGCUGGAGGUGGAGAACCGGGGCCUCAAGGCCGAGCUGGAGGAGGUCCGAGUGGGCCAGCUCCGCGACCGGAGCUCGUGCUGCCCGGCGUCGUCUCGGCCCGGCGCGUCCCCCCCGCUCUCGGACCCCGCCUCCUCCUCCUCGUCGGCCUCCUCCGACGAACUCCGCCGCCACCUCCAGUUCGUGGAGGAGGAAGCGGAGCUCCUGCGGCGCUCCGUCGCCGAGAUGGAGGAACAGAACCUGGCGCUGACGUGCGAACUGGGCCGGUACAAGCGAGAAGGAGCCGGGGGGUCACGUGGACGGGCCGCGUCGCUGAUGGAGCAGCCCCCGACGGGUGGUGAGGAGCGGGCGGGCGACCCCGCGGGCGACUCGCUGCGCCGGGAGUUGGUGAGCGCGCGCUGCCAGGUGGCGGAGCUGAGCGCCACGGUGUCGCGGCUCCAGCGUGACAACCACACACUCACGUGUGCGCAGAACUCCGGCGAGGGCCAUGGAGACGCGGACGCCGGCGACGGGGAUGCCGAUGGGGACCCUGCGAGGGAUCGACCCCCCCAGCACCGGAGGGAGGGGCCCGUGGGGGGUGAGAGUGGAGCCGACGAGAGCUGCCCCUGGGAGAGUAAACCUAGCCUGGCACGCAUCGAGGCUGCUGACCCCAAGCCGUCCACGUGCCCCUCCGCGCCGGGCCCGCUGCCCCCACUCGACGGGGGGGCGGCCCCCGCGCUGCCGCUGGACCCCGUCACGCGGGCGGCGCUGCGGCGCGCCUCGGAGGUGCUCAAGUCGGCCGUGGACCGCUUCAUCGAGGAGAGCGAGCGGGCGGCGGGGGCCGCGGCGCAGGGCGAGGCGCUGCAGGGCGCGCGGCGCUCCAUGCGCCUGUUCCGGGAGGAGCUGUCCGGCUUCCUGGAGAAGGUGCGCGCCGCCGAGGGGCUCGGCGACUCCACGGGCGUCUCCUCCUCCUGCUGCAGCCCCUGGCUCGCGCCUUCCUCGUCGGCCUCCUCCUCCUCCUCGCCACAGCAGCCGCAGCAGCAGCCGCAGCAGAGCGACUCGGGCCUGAGCCCCGUGUCGUGGAGAGACCCCGCCUCCGACCUCACCGGGGACACCCCCACGAGCACCUUCAGCGGAGACAUCACCGAGCUGCAGAGCGACUCGCAGAGAACGCCGCUCGCUCCGUGUCGCCAUGACGACGACGCCACUGCCGCCGUAGCCAUGGCGACGGCGGGAAGAGGAGGUGGAGGACCAGGGGCCGCCACCGUGGCAUGCGGGGCCCCGCAUCAGCUGGGCGCCAACGCCGACACGCGCACCCUCAUCGCCAGCGAGCUGCGAGAGUCUCAGGAGGUGCUGGCCGAGGCCAAGGACACCAUUCGUCUACUGCAGUCACAGCUGGAGGAGGAGCGAGUGCUGCGCCACGAGGAGGCCGAGAGACACGCGGCCAGGGUCGCGCGGGCGAGCGAGGAGCACCACCGCGCGAUGCUGCGUCGCGACUUCGAGCUGCAGAGCGCCGAGCUGGGGCUCCGCAUGGAGCGGCGCGAGGCGGUGAGCACCGCGGCGGCGCUGGCGCGGGAGCUGCGCCGGCUGCACGGCGUCAGCUUCCACGCCUUCGCCGAGCUGCGGCGAUUGCUGCGGCGCUGCCGUGACGGCGGCCAGCAGCAGCAGCAGCAGCAGCCCCAGGCGGCCACCGCCGCCUUGCUGGAGCUGGGAGCGGAGAUGGGCGCCUCCUCCGUCACCACCACCACUUCCUCCUCCACCUCGUCGUGCGCCCACGACGAGGAGCUGUGGCUGGACGCGCUUCUGUCAGCGCGCGUGCAGGGAGAGGCGCCCAGUGACGACGGGACGCCGGAGGGCGGCGUGAGCUCCGACCCCGGCGCCGCCGUGGGCCGGGAGCUGCGCGCCGCGCUGGGCGCCGUGCGGGACGAAGUGCGCGCCGAGGAGGCGCGGCGCUGCGGCCUCGCGCAACGCUACGCUCGCGAGCGAGCCGCCUGGGAGGUCGAGCGCUCCCAGCUGCGCGCGCACGUCGCUCAGCUGGAGCCUCGUCUCGGCUCUCCCGCGUCCAAGCGCGGCCCGGCGGGAGCCGGCGACUGCGGCGCAGCGGCGGGGGGCAGGGAGGGCAGGGAGGGCACGGCGAGAAGGGAGCGCGAGGAGCAGCGGCGCGCGCUCGCCGAGCUGCACGUGGCCGCGCUGGAGCUGCGGCGCCGCCUCCAGGCGGGCGAGCGCCACUGGGGGCGCGAGCGCCUCGAGCUGCUGCGGAGGUUCAGCCGCGAGCGCCGCGGCUGGGAGGCGCGGCUCAGGGAGACGCAGUGCGCCGUCGAGCAGCUACAGAAGAGCGGAAAGACGGUCGUCUUGGAGGGAGAAGAGGUGGAAGCCCCGGUGCCACCGAGGGUCCCAUCGGGGGUCCACAGCGGGGUCCCUUCGAGGGUCUCCGAGAUGCGGAGGAGCCCCGUGCUCACAAGGAACCACUCGCUGGACGACUCGCUGUGGCGCGGCCCGUCGGGCGACUCGAGCAGAGCGCCAGUGCCCAUCUGGUCCCUCGCCCCCCACCAGCAGCACCAGCAGCAGCAGCAGAUCUCCCGAUUUCUCGAUGCUCUGACCCUCGACCUCCACCCGUGGCCGGGAGGGCGACGCAAGUCCUGCACCAUCUCCCGCGGCAGGACGCUCCUGCAGAGCGACGCUCGUGGGGAGGCUGAUGCUGAGAAGAUGAUGGGAGAGGUCAACUUCCCACUCGACAAAGGCACGCUGCAACGGGCGUGUUCCGUCUCCUCCAUGGCGGAGUUCGAGGUGAUGAUGGAGAGCGCGCGCUCCCCGUUCCGCUCAGAGCGCCGGCGCUGCGCCCUCGCCAGCGGGGGCAGCUCGCCGGCGCUCAGCCCCGACGAGCCCCCCCCCGCGCUCCCCCGGCGAGAUGGAGCCCCCAGCCCCGGGCAAGGGGCGCCGCCCGCUGCGCCCGUCCUCGCUACCCGCCGCGCGGGACCGGCGCCUCGGUGCGACGUUGCCCGCCGCCGGCGUUGCCGGCGUCGCGGCGUCGCCAGUCGUCGCUGCCGCCGCCGCCGCGCCGCCGCCGCUCGUCGGUGUCCAAGCGCCACCCAGGUUCUCCGUCUCCAAGCUGUACCGCGACUCCGAGUGGGGCCGCUACUUCUAUGGCCGCCGCCUCGUGGCCCGGGAGGAGGAGGAGGGGGCGGCGGCGGUGCUGGCCGCGUCCGGGGCGGCGGACGGCGCCUCCCCGUGCCUGAGCGCCGACUCGGCCUGGAACCUGAGCGACGAGAUGAAGGAAGCGGCCAACGUGGGACUCUUCCCGCCGCGCGCCAUCUCCCUCUCCUACUCCUCCGACACCGCCGCGUCGCCGCCCAUCGCCCCGUCCCCUCCGGCCAAGCGUGCGAGCCGCGACGCGUCCUGCCAGGCGGGCCGUCGCGCCAGCGCCAACGCCGCCACCCAGACGGUCGCCAUCGCCACCGCAGCCGCCGCCGCGCUAGAGGCCGGCAUCCGCAGCCCGUUCCACCGCGCGGUCGUGCGGCCCUGCUGCGGGUCCGGCAACGGCCACACUCCGGUCUCGUCGCCAGCGCGCACCCCGCGCAAGACCGGUGGCGCCGCCGCUACCGCGGCGGCCGGCAAGUUUGAGCGCGCGUGCUGCUCGCCCAAGCUGGGGUCCCCCCGGACCCCGCGCAAAUUCGCCGCGGCGGGGCCCCCUGGCGUGGCGGCGCGUCCCUCCGAGCCGGCCCCCGCCUGCGCCGAGUGCCACGGCGCCGGCCGGGCCCGGCACGACCCCGCGUCGCCGCGCGUCGA